AUGUACAAACAAUACAAUAGACGAGAUAGCACACGGCGUAAGGGUGCGUGCGACGAGCGCGGACCGACACCGGUGGGUGGGGCGCGCGGUGGGAGCGAUUCAGAGAGCCAGUCGAGGGCGAGGGUUGGCGUCGAGCGAUUAUUCCCGCACGGCGGUGAGGCUCGCUCGCGUGCCGGCGAAGCAUCGGCAGUGAGGGUGGCAGUAGCAGGAGGAAGGCGUGUCACGUGCGUGGCAGUAGCCGUGGCCGUGGCGGCUGCCGUGUUGGGAAGGCCAUCCACGGUCUGGAUGGAAACCGGGGCAGACUCGCAGGCUCCCCAGGCCGUCGCAGGCAUUAGGAUUGGCAUUGGCACGACACAACGAGAACGGCCAGGCCAGGCUCUUUUUUGCAGCCAAGGCCUGUGCGACGGAACCGUGUUUCAAUUUCUCCACGGCACACGCUGGGCGUGUAGUGGAGCGAGCGAGCAAGUAAGUGCGGUUGGUGGUAUUAGUCGUCUGGCCAUGAUAACACAACUGCUAACGGUCACGACCGGGGGUGGUCAGGGUUGGCCGGGCGACGGCGUGACAGUAGGUGUGAUUCGGCCGACAUGGCUGGCCGUCUCAGCAGCGGUAGGGCUCGUUGAGACAGGGCCGAUGCCCGAAGCAGGCCGUGGGGCGUGCUGGAUCAUGGAGAGGGAGGGGGGAAGUCGGAUAUUGAGGCUCCAUGGUGCUUGGUGGUGCGUGGGGCUGGAAGGCCGCUAG